CCAAUGGUCAAAGCCCGGGCAAUCGAGACGGUAAACAAUAUCCUGUCCACCUGGAACUGGGGGACAACGUUUGGGCACUCAUUCAGAAUUGGCAGAGCAUCAUUCUACCUGGCCAACAAGGUAGACCCAGAGAUAGUUCGGAUCGCCAGCCGAUGGAAGUCGUUGGCAUACAAGACUUACAUCAGA